CGAAUGCUGUUCCUCCACUGUAUUUGUUUUACACUGAUCAGAUAUUAAACUGUUACAGGAACACAAAGUGAAAUCUAAAUAAUAAAAGUUCUUAUAAAAUAAAUGAUUGGUCCUGUUGAUCACGACUUUAUUUACACCGGAAGUACUCUCUUCAGGCAAAUCAAGCAUUGGUUUUCGAAAGUUAAACGUCCUAGAAUAACAGAACCUCUGUACAAGAAUGGCACAACAAGGAAAUAAGUCAUUUGGUGAUGGUGAUAAAGAGAAGAAGAAAAAAGAAAGUAUUUUAGAUUUAUCUAAAUAUCUUGACAAACCUAUCAGAGUUAAAUUUAGUGGUGGAAGAGAAGCCACUGGUGUUUUGAAAGGAUUUGAUCCUCUGUUAAAUCUUGUAUUGGAUGGAACAACAGAAUUUCUAAGAGAUCCUGAUGAUCCCUUUAAAUUAACAGAGGACACUAGACAGUUAGGAUUAGUGGUUUGUAGAGGUACAUCAGUUGUUUUAAUAUGUCCUGCUGAUGGUAUGGAAGCUAUACCUAAUCCUUUUGUUCAACAAGAUGGAUGAAGCCAGUGAACUGUUUAUAAUUAGACUUACAGACUUGUACAUAAAAUAUCAAACUCAAGGACUGGUUAUUUUGAAAAUGUGUUCAUUAAAUGACUUCACUGAUCACAGUGCUUAAACAUUUUUAUUUUGAAGUGGUGGAAUCUCAGAAUUAUGACAUCACUGGAAAAAGAUUCUAAAAAUUCAUAAAUUAUCAUAAUAAAUCAUCAUCACCAAAUGACAGAAGAUCAUAAAGAUUGUUUUGAUUUCCAAAGUGAAUAUUUUGCAAGAUUUGGGCAAAAUAUGAAUUAACUAUUGAAAAAAGAUUCAUAGGUAAAAUAAAUUCCUUUCAUUAUUGUUGUAGAAUUUUUAAUAAUGGAACAGUGUAUUGAUGAUGCACAAUGUUUCCUGUGUUUGAGCUGGAAUCAACAACAGUCUGUGGUCCAGAUGUAUAUUUUUAUAGUUUCUUCCAAGCAAUCUUUGUACAUGUAUAUAAAUAUAAUGCUGGGUUUACACUGUUGAGUUAUUAUCAAAAUUAUAGAAAAUUGAUCCUUUAUUUAUAAACAACUUUGAGGUUUAGACAGCUUCAAAUUCAUAAUGUAAUGCAAAAAUUUGAUAAUGUAAAUCUAGUAUUAUAAUGAAAGGGAAGGAUUGAACUCAUAUUCAAUAAUAAAUACAAGUUGUUAUUUUUGUCUGAUUAA